UGGCGGCGGCGACUUCCCCUCAGGAAGUCCGGUCUCCGCCUCCUGCCCCCACCCAGCUAGCUCGGCGGCGGAGGCUGCGGUUGUCCCUGCCUCUCCGCCUACUCCACCUCGGCCUACCCACCGGCCGGCGGCGUUGGCGGGGAGGGGGACAGUAGUUGUAGACGGCCGCCCCUGCCUCAGAGAAGAUACCACGUUGAAUGAGCAAAGACUGAACUUUUUACAGAUACCUUUUGUAAAAGGCUUGUAAGGAAUAGUGCCAUAAUUUGAAUUACAGUGGAUUUCACAUUAUGAGGUGAAUGGGAGUGGAGUAUUGGACAAAAAAUAGAUUUUUUAAUCUCUGCAUCAUGGUUUUUAGCUCCUCAGUUGUUGCACCGUCUCACUAUUUGGGGAAAGUUCAUGCUAAAAAACUGAAGCAAUUAAUGGGUGAAUAUGAUCAAAUUUCUCCACCAAGUUCUCAACCUGAUAAGGAGAAUCCCUUGUCAACCUAAUGAAGCAUUCAAAGAAGACAUCUGACUCUUUUCAAGACGAACUUGAAGAUUAUAUCAAAGUGCAGAAAGCCAGAGGCUUAGAGCCAAAGACUUGUUUCAGAAAGAUGAGAGAGGAUUAUUUGGAAACCUGUGGAUACAAAGAAGAGGUUGAUUCUAGACCCAGGUGUAGAAUGUUUGAUCAAAGACUCCCUCAUGAACCCGUCCAGACCUACCGAAGACCGUGCAAUAUUUCACAAGCAGUAGAGAAGCGGUUACCUCAGUGGCUACCAGCUCAUGACAGCAGGCUGAGACUAGACUCCCUGAGCUACUGUCAAUUCACCAGGGACUGUUUCUCAGGAAAACCAGUAGCCCUGAACUUUAGUCAACAAGAGUAUAACUGUAGCUCAUACAGUGUAGAAUCUGGAGUUUACAGGCACCUCUCCUUAGAAAACAGUACCAGUGCCCAUCAAGCUAGUUAUAAACAGAUACAUCAGAAGAGAAAAAGGCACCCAGAGGAAGGCCGGGAAAAACCAGAAGGGGAGUGGCCCAAGCAUAAGAGGAAGAAAGCUUCUGAGGAAAUAGAUUUAGACAAACACAAGAGCAUCCAAAGAAACAAAACAGAGGUGGAAACAGUCAGAGUCAGUACAGAAAAGCCUAAGAACCAAAAGGAGAAAAAAAGCCGAGAUGUAGCCUCUAAGAAAGAGAAACGUAAGCGUAGAAAAGAGAAAAAGGAACUAGGGAAGGAAAGGACAGAAGAGGAGAUGCUUUGGGACCAGUCUAUCCUCGGAUUUUGAAGCUUUUGCAUUGGUUCUCCUGAGGUUAAACUGAAAAAAUAGUUGAGGAGCUUGGUUUUACGAUGUCCACGUUCAUAUCACUCUUUUCAUGUGAACAGGUACAAAGGCUAAGUGAACAGAAAACAUUUAAUGUACUUGCUCUCCAACAUGGAAAUUACUUUACUUCUCUUCUAAAAUCAUUACUACAUUUUUUUUAUACAUAAUGUAAUUUCCCUUAAUGAGGGUGGCACUGCUUUUGUUCAUCAAAUUGCUAUGAUGGUGGAAGCAUUUUUCCCUUGGGAGGUCAUUUACUUUAAAUUGGAGGAUUAAUAGGCUUUACAGAAUCUGUUUCUUGAUUGGCUUUUAGUUUGGGGUGGGUGUUUUUAUAUUAGUUUUCUCUGUGAAGCAGUUUAGAUUGAUUUAUUUUUUCCUUCAUUAGAUCUAACUUGCAGUAUAUUUUCUAGAUUGGAAAGUGGAAAAUGACAUACAUUAUAAUAAGCUUAAGUUACAUACCGCUUUAAACGUUUCAAGAAGUCUUGAUACAAAAUCAGUUUAUAUUCUGGAAAUGUUUAUAAUAUAAUAAAGUUCUAAUUUCUACAA